UUGUUUUCUUCCGGCGUGAAUCUUAUCUGAUGAAAUUAUGUGAAACUACACUAUACGCUGACGUGUUUUAUGCCAAAACCCAUUUUGAUGUCAAGGGAUUUACUUUAGGUGUUUUGAGAGAAGUCACCAGAAUCUAAGACUGCUUUUUACAACCUACUGCAACUCCGACAGCACAACAAAGAGUACCCGGAAGUGUCGUAUGAGAAUCUGGGUUUUUGGUCCCUUCAAAGCCUUCAAAGAUGCGUAGCAGGCAACGUGGCUUUAAUAUUGGCCUGCUGUUGCUGGCCUCUCAGGUGUUCCAGUUGGGUCUCGACAACAUUCCUCCUGUUACCUUAGCAACACUGGGUGUCAAUGUCUAUCUUUUCCUGUUUCCUGCCAAGCCCCUCCUACAGACAUGUGUGAGUGUGCAGCAGGCGUAUUGGCGUGGGGACUGGUAUCGUCUCCUCCUCUCACCGUUUCACCACAUCGAUGACAUGCACCUCUACUUCAACAUGGUGUCCCUCCUCUGGAAAGGCAUCAAACUGGAGCGUCAGCUUGGCGGCGCCUGGUUCGCCUACCUGCUGUCCGUCUUCUCCUUGCUCACGGGACUGGUCUACCUGCUUCUGGAGGCAGGACUCUCAGAGCUGACGGAGGAUCCAUCCUACAGCAUGCAGUGUGCUGUAGGGUUCUCAGGUGUUCUGUUUGGGCUGAAAGUCGUGAAUAAUUAUUAUAAUCCUGGUGGAGUUAAAUACAUCAUGGGAUUUCCUCUAGCCAAUCGCUACGCCUGCUGGGUGGAGCUAAUCCUUAUACACAUUAUGAACCCAGGGACCUCAUUCGUCGGUCACCUUGCUGGUAUCUUAGUUGGCCUUCUCUACACUUCUGGCCCCCUCAAGACACUUAUGAAGACAUGUGCAGGUUUUAUAACAUCUAAUGGAAUCUUUGGCAGACCUUCCACAUACUAUAACUCUUCAGGUUACAGCGGAUAUGGAAUGCCGUACCCUUCGAACAAUCCGGCCUAUUAUGGACAGGGCUCAGAUGGCUCCUACAGCUCUAGCGCCCCCUACACAAACAGACCCACUGCCCCCCCCCAGCACUCCUACACGGCCGGCCUAUCAGAAGAGGAGCAGUAUGACGCAGCCAUUAGGGCCAGCCUGCGAGAUCAAGGAGGCUCCACUCAAAGCAGACCUGCAUAUGGGUUUACGGUCAACUCUGACCCUGCCAUAGAAGAAAUGCGCCAAAUCCGACUUCAGAGAUUUGACAGAUGAAGUGUGCAAGUUUCACAUGAACACUGUUAAAAUGUUUACAACCGAAACAACUUAAAACGGCCAAACAGAAGAAUAAUGGGAUUUUCUCUUGCCUAAUGAGCAUUAAAAAGGAUUGUCACUGAGGAUUCUUAAUCACUGACUGCUUGGCGCCUGUCUGUGUACAUAAAUACGUAAAUAUAUUUCAGCAGUAACUCAUUUAAGUUACUUAUCCAGUGAUUCAGUUAAUUAUCCAUAAAAUUGCAGUCUUAACUUAGCAUUGUGGCAGGAAAAAAGCCUGAGCUAGUUUCCCAGAUAGAAGACUUUAAGAAUAGUAAUACCUCAGAAUAAUUGUUACCUGACAUUCUUUAUGGAAUAUUUGUUGCAGUCUGUGUACAGGAAACUCAGCCAAUACCUGCUUCCCAAAGUUAGAGCCCUUCUGGUAUGUUUAGGGCUGUCAUCUAUGUCUGUUAAGUGAUGGUAUGAAGUGAGAAAGUUGUUCCAGCAGAUGCUUGGCAGGCAGUAGCUCUCUGCUGUCUCAGUAGGCUGCACUGUAAAAUGUGGGUGGAGCCAUUUCCCUUCAUUUCACAAACAGUGGGGCUCUUAACUUAUUUUUGCUUCUAAUAGGACAAAAGUUUAUUUUUGUAAAGAGUGAAUAAAUCACAUUUUGGUGAUAUUUUGAAACUGAAUUUCUUUUUAAGAUCCCCCCCACUGUUUUAAAUUCCAUGAUUCCACUCUUGCAAUUGCACCAAAGCAAUGACUGUAUAAAACCAAUUCAGUGAAAUAAAUUCAGAUAUGAGCUGUAGAAAUCAUCUAUAUUGUUCUUGUAAUCAGAUACAUUAUAUGGUUCACAUUCUCCAACCGGUUUUAUUGUAAAUACAGUUUCACAUUUACACUCCCUGGCCACAGAAUUAGGUGUAGUAUGUCAGUGCAUUUUAGUAGUGCACAGACUCUUGACUCUGUCAUUCGCAGUGCAAUAUUCAUUAGCUACCCUCUACCCUGUUCAUCACUGGCCACUUUCUGACCACACAACCCCUGGUGACCGUGACUGGGUGACUGGGCAUCAUUGCUGUUAUAGUUCUGGUGUCAUUCUGGGUAUAGGGCUGUUAGUGGGGUGGGGUUCCCUCUGUGUGAAAAUUAAGUGCAUGCCUAAUGACCAGGAAAGCUCUAGCCAACAGGGGUUCUGUGGUCAGACUGGACCUGAAGCGCUAAUGAAGGAACAGAGGACAACAAGCACAUAUUGUGCAUGGAAACAGAAGGACCAUUGACUCUUAACUGUACAUGUACAAGGUGCUAUAAGAAGUGAGUACACAGCAGUAUUAUUUCGUUUAAUAACUACACAAACAGCAUUUUACUUUGUAAUAAAAUGCAUUUAAUUAAACCUUA